AAAAAAGUUGUCGAAGGGUCAAACGUGUACGACUGACCUUGCUUCCUAUUCGCUAACGCAAUGACAGUUCUGACAGUUGACUUUGAAAUGGCUUUCUGGAGCGCGCGCUCAAGAUAAAAACAAACAAUAUUGUUGCCAUUUUCCUUUUUUUUUCUGAUUUUUAUUCAGUUAUGCGAUUCAAGGAAAACUUGAAAACCGAUAUCGCACUCAUCGCUUCGCGAUUCGUACGAUAUCGGUUUUGGCGUGCAAUUAAACGUGGAAUUCCCUCGUCAGGUAAUGAAUUUUCCUAUAAUAUUGCCUUAUUACGUUUGAAGGAAGAGCAAAUCUUUUUGAUAUAGCCAAGCGAUGACUCUUGUGGGUCGUUUCUUGGUGGCACGAAAGCAGGCAAUGAGUGCAAUGAUGCCAUCAGACACAAGAAAUUACGCUUUGUUUAUUAAAGCUUUUAAAUGUACACAAAUGUUAGUGCGAUCAAAGAAGCCUUUUCUUGCAUACAGCCUAUAUUUACAGGGGAAAGAUACCAAAAUUAUUUCAGUAGAGGUAGUCGUGUGUGUACUACCGACCGUUAAAUCUAAAGGCAACUGUACAAAUAAGUUUUCUGAGGAAUGGAAAUCUCGAUAUGUUUCGUAUAUGUUACAUACGCAGUUAGGUGAGCGCCGAUCUCCCUAGUGGCAUGCUGUGGCCUCAAACCUUGACCGGACCACAACUCAGGUCUUCAACCCUUUGGCGACGGACUGGGUCAAUUCCGUUCCGUAAGGAACAAUGCAGAUUGUCCAUUUCUCAACUACUCAUGCUUCCAGGUAGUGCAAGUGAUUAGGCUGAUAAGCAGAGAUCUUUGCACAGAUAGCUCACUUUGAAAAUCAUUCUGACCGAUCCAGCUUGAGUCACACACCGAAAAAAAAAAUUCACUGACUCCUCUUUGCAAAUUGAAUUUCUCCCUUUCCUGGAAAGUUGGCGGGGCACAACUCCUUGGGAAAAACGAUCGGCUAAGCAGCAAACUACAUAAGAAAAGAAAUGAAAAGGAAAGGGAAAAAAGGGGAGCAAUGUAUCAAAGCAUAGUUAGUAAAGGAGACUGGUUAGGAAAGCCAGCAAACAUCAAAUUUGAAAACAACGGUGCUGUAGACAAAGUUUAUGUUGGAAGCUCCCUGACCUUGCGCAAUCUUUUGUUUUUUGUUCACAAAUUGUGCCUGAAAAAAAUAAUGCGAUGUUUCUAUUAGUCAGUAAGUUCAAAAUUAUCGGAAUGCUAUUGAACAUUGUUCACGGUCAGGUCCAAAAAAGCUAACAAUAACAUAUAAUAACAAAAGAGUAUAAAGGGUUUCAUAACAAAAAAACCCAAUAAAUUUGGCUUGUAUUUAAGAUUGCACUAAAAGCACAACAAAAGGACGUCAAUUUACAUCAGUGUUGUAAAUCCCAUUUAAGGGUAUUUGCUUGUCUACGGCGGAAAACCGGUGGAAAAAGGACAGUAUUUAUAUGUAAUAGGACUACAUGCUGUCCAAUUUGGAAUAAAUGAGUGAAAAAAAAUUCCGAGGACAGGGAAAAUUGGACGAGGCCGUAAAGGAGAGUCCAGUCUCAGAGAAUUUUUUUUUAAUUCAAUUAAUUCCAAAUUGAACAGCCGUGUAGUCCUUUUACUCAUUAGUUAUACGGCUGGUUAGUUAAUCCAGAUUUUAGCGUGUAUGUACGUGUCACAGACGCGAAAUAUUGUACACUCGAACCGUUUGUACUUGAAAAAAAAAAUCUCACUGCAAGAUCCGAAAAAAGUGUCAACUUAUUCUUUACAAAUGAACAAACGUAGAACUAAUAUUUGCUCUUUCAUACUUUGGCAUUUUGUAGUCAAGUAUAGGCUUGAAUGUUAAAAAGUUGCUUCAGUUAUGCCGCUUUUUGAAAACUGCAAUUUCGAGUACAAAGAAGACAAAGUAACAAUGCAAAUGCUAAAUUUAAACACGAAAACUAUUGAAGUAAACAUUUCAUUCAUUACCUCAAACGAUUUCCGCAGACUUUGUCCUGAAAACAGCAGCAAACCAAAACAACAUUCACGGCAACAAGAAGCCAAAACUAUUCGCCGACGAACUGCCGUCAGCCAAGGAGACUUUUUUUGGCGCGUUGUCACAGGGACUUUGCGCUGAUUGACUAGUUUGCAUUGUCUAUUGUAUUUUCUAACAUUUGACUGACUCAGACCGGCUGUCCCAUUUUUUCUUAAAUUGGACAGUUUGCCUAUUUGGAAAGGAAAGUCCUAUCUGAAACUAUCCAGACUUUAUCGGAUUUUAACUUACAUCUAUACGAGCUGAAAAAUAUUUUUCCCAUUAGUGAAAGGCGUCACAAAAGUGUUAUUAAUAAAUAACUGAGGUGAAAGUGCAUCCUUUGUAAUGUCAUCUUAAAAUGUUUAGACUUCCUCGUCUUUUCGGAUAAGGACAAUAAUCUGCAGGCCCUGUCUCCAAACCCUUUCAGGGCAGGGAACGAAGUACCGGGUGUGGUAGUCUAUCUUUGACAGCAUGUGGUCGGCCUCACUGGCCUAUCUUCAAGGGCUUCCAACACUCAGGAAAUUCAGCAACUCAUGAAACUUGACGUCAACUUUACCAUGACUGCUAUAACUUUACAGACUUAAAUGUAAGCUAAUAUUUUUUUUAUCAUCAAAAUAAAAUAAACCAGAGGUUAAAGAAAGGCGUUUCUGUUGCCUUUGCAGGCCUGGGAAGCCCAUGAAGCUAUACUGGUAGACGGUUACCUUAUAACAUGUCAG